AUGGAGGAAAGGAUCAUACCAUGGGGCAGGGAUUCACACAGACCAGGAUGGGAGGCAGCUACAGACAGUAGGUUACUUGGGCCUGUCAGCUUUGUAUGUGCUUGGUACCUCCCACAAAUACACAGCCUUUCGUGUAUUUUGUCAGACUUUGAGUUUACUGUGCUCGGAAUCCCGCCGCGACAUGAAACUGAAACCGUCCAACACAUUGUUUAUCCCGAAGGACGAAUGGUCGGGUCAGUCCCAUCCAGUUUCCUCGAUUUUGGCAGAUCCACGGAACAUGACCCAGGAGAACCACUCCACAGACAGACCAGUUCUCAUCGACCAUCAUCUGGGUUCCCAAGGGCACACAGACCUCUAGCAACGUCACCAAUGAUCUGCGUUAGCUCACGGGCUGCGGGACCACCCGUUCCACACACACAUGGAGACGAGAUUUUCAAGGGGUCAUCUACUUGCAGGAGCACUCGGGAGCCCACGGGCGUUGAGCAUUCGUUUCCUGUUGACCGAGUGAAAAGGCCGAGCAAACUGAGACAUUGCAUGGCCGCUAGAACCGGUAAAGUGGCAGGCGAGAAGGUUCCAUUCAGGUGCUUGGCAACCGAGAUAGUCGGGAGGGGGAAGGCGGAGAAUUCUGGCUACGGGAUUCGCCCAUGGAUCGGGUGGGGAUCUGGAAGACGAAGGAAGGCCACUCGAUGUUAUCCUGCCGCCAGACCAGUUAGGCUAGUAAGAGAGGUACCGAAGGAAAUCAGAUCAUUAGACAGGAAGUGCAGUAGGCACCGCAGCACGAAGGACUAGAGAGUAAAAUAUGAUCCACCACUAGGGUCGAUCAGCAGCGCCCGUCGGC